CUAAAGUAACGGGUUAAACUGACGGUGAUCUCGGCUUCAUCCUACCCAGAUCUGCAGCGCCGCACAGUGGAGAUUUGAAUAAACAUGAUCAUCUUCAGAACCGAAUAAACUCGUGUUUUUGGAAACAUGAGCUCACCGCUGUCCACCCUGAGGAAGAACAAACGAGCUCCUCUACCAGAGAUACAGAGUGAUGAUGAUGAUGGGGAAAGAAAGCCUUACAAAGAAAGGUCAGACACUGACUACAAAGCUAAAUUAUUCCGAAACAUUUUCCCACAAAACCAGCCAGUGCCUCACAUCAUGAACAAUCGUUCCACUGUAAGAUCAAAGGUCAUGCAAAAGAAGGCGGCAAAAGAAGCUCCGCCGAGUGAUUUUGAACUGAUGUCAAGUAUGAUGCAGAAGAUCAGUCAGCUUGAGAGAAAGGUGAAAACUCAAACUGUGGAUGUAGAGCAUAAGGCAAGACGAAUAGCAGUUCUGGAAGAGAAACUGGAUCUUUUGCAAAAGGCAAAAGAGAAAUCUGCAAGUAAUGAGAACCAAGAUGAAGAAUUGGUUCAACUGUGCCUCAAGCUUCAAAACCAAGUGUUGGAAAUGGAGAAGUUUCUGAAUGAUUAUGGAAUGAUCUGGAUCGGAGGUUAUGACGAGCAAGCUAACAGCCAACUUCCAGCAGUAACUUGCAUACGCAAGAGUUUUAAAAUGAACUAUGACCUGGUCAUGCAGAACAUCCAAGAACUGAACAUUGUAGCUGGGGAAGGGGAGUCCCAUGUGACCGCCAUUCCUGGUGGGGCCAAACUUACCCAGAAGUCUUCAAUACCUCUUUGGCUCUACAAAAACGGCAUUGUCAUGUUCAAUGGUCCAUUACGCUGCUAUCAAGAGCCAACCGCACAGGAAUGCAUGCAGGACUUGAUGGAUGGGUUUUUUCCUUCUGAGCUUCAGGAAAGGUUUCCUAAUGGUGUGCCCUUAGAGGUCCAUGACAAACGGGACGAGGAGUUCGUAGUUAGGCGACCAUGGACUGAGUUUCCUGGAAGAGGACAAACUAUAGAUGGAGCAAGAGGGCAGUCGGUGGACAGAUCUGAGCAGACCAUCUCCACAGCGCCAAAACAGAGUCAGAUACCAGGCAAAAAACUGUCUAUGGAGCAGUUUCUGCAAAAGCUCCCAGAGACUGUAGUGAAGGCAGGCAAAGUGAUUAGUAUACGGGACUCAGUGAAGGCUCAUCUACAGGGCUUCCCUGAUGGUGCCAAGAGUUAUUCAACAACCACUGUGGAAACAUCCGCCCUGCGGGCUUUGAGAGAACGUGAGAUAGAUUUAACACCAUCUUCAAAAGACGUCACCACACUGCGAGUGAAGUCUGAGGAUGGUAUGGAGACAUUUAUCAUGAAAAUGUACUUCACUGAGACUUUUGGAGAUCUCCGUCAUUACCUGGACAGGAAAAGAGGACCGGGUGCUGCGGCCUAUGACAUCAUUAGCGCAUUUCCACAGCGGUGCUACAGUGAUGACACCCAGACGCUUCUGUCCUGUGGUCUGACUCCAAAUGCAGCGCUGCUCCUGCGUCCACAAGCUGCAUCUCACAGACAGAACAACGCUUAAC